AUGUCUAGUUGUCACAGUGUCUACUACAAGUGUAGGGGACUAACAAAAUCAGAACAGUUUAUAUGUUCUCAUUUCUUAUUGACAGGUGAAUUCACAAACUGCAAUAAUUCUAGUUAUGAUCAGAGUGCAGAUUGUGGGAAAUGUUUUCUUAAGAAAUCACAUCUUUUUAAACAUCUACAAAUUUAUACAGGAGGAAAAGGAUUUUCAUGUUCUGGCUGUGGAAAAUGUUUUACUAAGAAAUCAAAUCUUAUUACGCAUCAAAAAAUUCAUACAGGGGAGAAACCAUUUUCAUGUACUGACUGCGGAAAAUGUUUUGCUCUGAAAUCAUAUCUUAUUACGCAUCAGAAAAUUCAUACAGGAGAGAAAAGAUUUUCAUGUUCAGACUGUGGGAAAUGUUUUACUCUGAAACUAACUCUUAUUAGGCAUCAGAAAAUUCAUACAGGGGAGAAAGGAUUUUCAUGCUCUGACUGUGGGAAAUGUUUUACUCAGAAAUCAAAUCUUAUUACGCAUCAGAAAAUUCAUACAGGAGAGAAAGGAUUUUCGUGUUCUGACUGCGGAAAAUGUUUUACUCUGAAAUCAAAUCUUCUUAUGCAUCAUAAAACUCAUACAGGAGAGAAAAGAUUUUCAUGCUCUGACUGUGGGAAAUGUUUUACUAAGAAAUCAAAUCUUAUUACGCAUCAGAAAAUUCAUACAGGAGAGAAAGCAUUUUCAUGUUCUGACUGCGGAAAAUGUUUUGCUCUGAAAUCAUAUCUUAUUACGCAUCAGAAAAUUCAUACAGGAGAGAAAAGAUUUUCAUGUUCAGACUGUGGGAAAUGUUUUACUCUGAAACUAACUCUUAUUAGGCAUCAGAAAAUUCAUACAGGGGAGAAAGGAUUUUCAUGCUCUAACUGUGGGAAAUGUUUUACUCAGAAAUCAAAUCUUACUACGCAUCAGAAAAUUCAUACAGGGGAGAAAGCAUUUUCAUGUUCUGACUGCGGAAAAUGUUUUACUCUGAAAUCAACUCUUCUUACGCAUCAGAAAACUCAUACAGGAGGGAAAAGAUUUUCAUGCUCUGACUGUGGGAAAUGUUUUACUAAGAAAUCAAAUCUUAUUAUGCAUCAGAAAACUCAUACAGGGGAGAAAGAAUUUUCAUGUUCUAAAUGUGGGAAAUGUUUUAAUCGGAAAUCAAAUCUUAUUACGCAUCAGACAAUUCAUACAGGGGAGAAAGGAUUUUCAUGUUCUGACUGUGGAAAAUAUUUUACUUGGAAAUCAAAUCUUUUAAGGCAUCAGAAAACUCAUAUUAAAAGAAAUCAGAGCUUAACCUCCUAA